AUGUCCACCGCAUCAAACAGCCAAUUAUUAGCCACUACAAAACGUGAUUUUCAUGAACUCGCCCAGCAACUUUUUCUGACGACUCAAGAGCUUAUAAGACCACAGAAUUAUAGGAGCGAUACCUUCCCGCAGUCGAAAAAUUAUGUACUUCUCCAUGAGAAAGAGCAACAUCUAGCAGAUCACAUAGCAGUCCUCGCCCAAGCCAAGGAGGGCGCAGCUGGUGUGUCAGCAGCUAUGAUCGAAGAGUGCAACGGCCGAAAUUCACCAUCGCUAAUUAUUCGAAUUGCAUCAAACGAAACGCCUUUACCAGGAACUGUGGAUGGAUUACGUAGGUGCUUAGAUAUAGUGGAGGAAGCCGCUCGUGCAGAAACGGAUGAGCACAGAGAUGUUCACAAGUCAAAUCUCAUGCAAAUUAUCAAGCUGAGCAAAGGUCAUCUGCGACGCGACAUCGGCCCACCAAAGAAUCGAGGUGGAAAAGUCAGACUUUUGCUUUCUGACAGGCUUAAAUCAUUGCGAUGUAGACUUCUGGUACUAGAGAACAAUGUUGGAAAUACCCAUCUGCGAAGUUCUCUUUGUGUCAAUCUUCCAGAAUUAUGCCAGAAAAUCGAAAGCUUUACUCUUUCUUCCGAAGAAAGUCAAUUGAACCAUUUAACCGCAAUAGUCCUGGCUGCUCACAAAGUGUCGACAACCGCCAAUAAUCCAUCACUUGAACAUCAGCUCCAGAUGAAAGGUAUUGACCUUGAUCUCAGCCACUGCCGCACCGUCUUCCAAAUCGACGAGAUAAGCAAAUACCUAGACAUUAGUAACGACUUGAUAGACCUUUCUCGGAAAAUCAGGUGUAAUGGUUUAUUUUGCAACAUCCGCUUGGAAGUGUGCACUGCACCCAAGGCUCAUGAAAUACAACUCAUUUCUUUCUAUGAGCAAUUCCCGGCGGGUUUGCCUCCAAGGUGCAUAGGAUCUAGUAAGUCGGCUUGCUUUCUAUGCGACUUGUUCAUCAAGAAACAUGGAUUAUACCGUAUUUCGCGUUCGCACGGCAGACUGUAUCCAAAAUGGACGAUACCAGAAGGAGAUUGGGCUAAUGAAGAGUUAAACCUGAGGUUUAGUGAGAUUUUGAAGGACGUGAGCCUGGAAAUGCUGCAGAUUAAAAAGAAUUUCGUGAGACGACCCGGGUAUGAAUGGAAUGGUGCAGAGAGCAGGGUGCAUCUAUUGAUACUUCCGUCGAACUUCAAUGCGAUUUCAAACCCUAUAACAGAAACGAGAGCUUCUUUGAGGUCAAAAAUUUCAUUGAAAGUUGCCGUUGUUCAUAAGUCUCAGUCUGAGCUUUCCGAAGCCUCGAAAGCCACAAUAAACACCACUUCGGCUGUCGUAACAGGAGCUUUGAACGGGCUUAUUAGUACUGUUCUCGAAUCAGGGCUUAUCUCAGGUUCCGACUCGGCGCCUUCCAUUAGCUCAAGACCACCACACCCAAGUUCCUUAUACGAUUGCCGCCCACAGGACCUCCCCAGUACAAUUCUUAUCUUCCCCGAUAACCCCCUAGACACAAUUAUCCUCUCCAUCGGUAAAGUAGAAUACAUACUUGAUAUUCGCGACGUGGAGUUUGGAUAUCUCAAUAUCAGACCAACGAAGCAAAUUGAUGUACUGACAGGAAGGGAGCAAUCGCAAAGUAAAGCGUUGGCUGAAGGAAAUCAUGAAGGACUCCGACUUAUAGAUGUCAGAGGUUCUGAACUUGAUGGCGAGCUUGUGCUCACCGGCAGAAAUUCGGUUUCAAGAGAAGUGGAGUUUUUUGUGAAUGAUGGGGGAGAGUGUUGCAUUUGUGUCAAGAUUGUAUGGGGUGUAAAGGAGGGGUAA